UCUCCCAUAAACCCUGACAAAGCCCUCAUUGCCCUACGGGCGCGCGUGGUGCGAGGAUAAGGAGGCGCCGCUCUCUCGCCGCUCGAAAUCCCUCCUCCAGAAAUCAUGCAGCAUGCCGUGACGCAGCUCGGGGGGCUGCCGCCGCUGGGAACGCAUUCCUCCGGCCUGUUUGGCGAUGGCAGGAUUGGGAGCCUCGCCUUCUCGGCGCCAAAGGAGGCCUUCUUCCUCUCCAGGACAAUGUCCGCGACCACUCGCGCGGCUUAUUCCGGUAGCUUUGGCCAGAAUCCUCCAGUCCCGCCAAGAAACAAUGCUCCGCCGCCGCCUCUCCCGUUCGACAACGCCGCCACUCCGCCGCCUCCAAUGCCGGGCAAUCCACAGAUGCAAACUCCUCCGGCCAUUCCACCGCCAGGGCCUUUUGCUACCGAGACCAACGCUCUCCCGAGCGAGAGACCCUCGGCCAUAGCACCCAAUGCUCCAACCGACGCGAAGUUCACGUCCGCCAGGCCUCCAAGCUCCUCGCCGGGGUUAAACUUUCCUGGGAGUCAGAUACCGGGACUGCCAGGAUCGCCGCGGCCAAAGCCUGGAACUCCUAGGCCGUAUGAUCCGACCAAGCAGAAGUCCAAGGUGAUGGAGUGGCUCACUCCGCCUCCGCCACCCACGGAGCUUCUCCAGCGCGAGCACUUCCGGCUCUCCCCGACGUGUACUUGCACUAUAUACUUCGGUGAUUUGUCCAAGUGGUUUGUGGAUGGGAAGUCGGAUGCGGUGAUUGCUCCUGCAAACAAGCGACUUAAUACUGGCCCGGCAGUGAAUGCUGUGCUCUUCAAAGCUGCUGGUUCUCGACUUUUGGAUGCCACACAGAGGCUUCCAGAUGUUGCUCCUCAGGGAAUCAAGGCCGAAGUUGGAGAUGCUAUCAGUACAAGGGCUUUUAAUCUUCCUGUUUCAAGAGUCAUUCACACGGUUGGGCCAGUAUAUAAGAAGAACGACCAGACGAACGUCCGAGAAUCUGAUGAAAGCCUCAUCAAGGCUUACAAGAGUGCCUUGGAUAUUGCGAGGAAAGAAAACUUGGUAAAUCUUGCGUUCCCGCCUCUGUCUUGCCGUAUAUAUGGAUAUCCAUACAUCGAAGGAGCGGAAGUUGGUUUAAGAACUCUCAAGGAAAAUUGUGAAGGCUUUACACAGAUAGACAUUGUUAUCAGAAACAUAGAAGGCUAUGAGGCCUUCAUAGAAGAGGCCACCAAGCAGCUGGAGGUUAUUAAGGAGAAGAAGACUAUCAAGGCGCCAUCGAUGGCACCGCGGACAGGAGCCGAGGCAGUUGCUGCGCCACCGUCGCCUCCAGUGACAGCUUCUGAAGUAGGAGCUCCCGCCGCACCAGCGUCCGGGCUGGAGAGUCCCCCACAAGCAGAAGCAGUAGCAGCAGCAUCAGCAGCAUCAGCGUCAGCCUUAACGGGCCUUGAAUCUUCAACUCCAGCCUUAACCACAGAAACGGAAGCAGCAGGACCAGAAACUCCGUCAGCAGCAGCACCAGACACUCCGUCAGCAGCAGCACCAGAAACUCCGUCAGCAGCAGCACCAACACCACCAUCAACUACCUCUGGUUAUUCGAGUAACUUUCAGGCUGCUUCAAAUCCAUUCCAGAGUACGUCCGGACCUGCAACUGAGUCUCCGGUUGCUCCAGCAGCGUCAAGCUCCAGCGCUCCAACAUCCCAGAGUCCGGCGGCUCCAAGCCCGUUUCAGAGUGCCCCGGUAACUCCAAGCCCGUUCCAGAGUGCUCCGGCAACUCAAAGCUCGUUCUCACAGACGCCACCUCCGCCAAGCGCUCCACAAACUCCAAGCCCGUUCCAAUCACCUCCGGCAACUCCAGGUCCGUUCCAAACACCUCCGGCAACUUCAAGUCCGUUCCAAACACCUCCGGCAACUCCAGGCCCGUUCUCAAGUCCUCCGGCAUCUCGAAGCCCGUUCCAGAGCUCUCCGGCAAUGUCAAGCUCGUUCCCGGGCACUCCAGCGGCUCCUCCAAGUCCGUUUCAGAGCACUCCAGCGCCGCCAAAUACGACUACUCCACCGGCCUUCCAAAGCGCACCGUUCCAGAGCCCAUCAGCGUCUCCACCAAGUGGAAGCCAGUUCCAGAGCCCACCACCACCAAGUGAGUUUCAGAAAGCCCCGCCUCCUUUUGGCACGCCAACACCGUCACCAUCGGCUGGAAGUCCAUUCCAACGCGCUCCACCAAGUCCGUUCCAGAGCGCUCCGCCACCACCAUCGUCUGGAAGUCCCGCUCCACCAUCACCUGGGAGUCCCUUCCAAAACGCUCCACCAUCACCCGGGAGUCCGCCACCGCCCGGAAGUCCAUUCCAAAGCGCUUCACCACCACCAUCGCCGCCUCACUUCCAGCGUAGUCCAUACAGCCAGGGAGGAUACCAGCAAAGCUCUCCACCGCCACCUUAUCAAAACGCUCCUCCGCCACCAUACCAGCAGCAGCAGCAGCAGCAGUACAACCAGCCGCCACCAUACCAAAGUCAAGCUCCACCGCAGUAUCCUCCAUACCAGCAAAACGCCACUCCUCCGCCACCAUCUCCACCACCGCCGCCACCGCCACCAUCGUUUGAGAGCUCUACACCGACGUAUUCUCCAUACUCUCCAUUUGCACCAGCUCCAGAGCCAACUCCUCCACCAAAGCCGCUAAUUCCUCCUCACCAGCAAAAGUACGUGCCACCGCCGCCACCACCGCCGCCGGAGUCCAAGCCCGUCCCUCCGCGAGAGAGACUGUCGCCAUUCCCUCCGCCAAAUCGCCCGCCCAGGCCUCCAUCUUCUCCAACUUCCACUUACGAGCAGCCUCUCUUCUAAGUAGCCCAAAUAGUGAAACUAGUGAAGUUCUGCUAGUCUUUUGUUUCAAGAGGUUUUCUUUUGAUUUUAUGUGAUGACUUAAAGAUAUAUAAAUUAAGUUCUAACAAAGUAUAUAUUUAAUGUUAA